CCUUAACUAGUCCAGCAAAAAAACCUACAAAACACAGAACCUGAUGCUUCAACAAUUUGAUCAACUCUGGGAAUGAAGAGGAGAGGGCAGGGAGUGGCCCUCAGAACAAACAUUCCUCCGCGUGAGGACUGGCUCAGAGAUGACCCUAGGACCCUCGGAACCUUCAGGCAGCAAGCGACGGGGUCGGGGGGAGCGAAAGGGUGAGGAACGGAGGGGUGUGGUUUGGAAAAGAAUGAACACGGAACACUUCCUGCGAGACCGGAAGUGGAGGCGAGGGAGGCGGCCACGGGCCCAGGCUACGGGGAUGGCCGGGCGGACGACCCUGCUGGCCCUGCUGGCUGGCGCCGCAGCGCUAGCGGACGCGUCCCAAGGUGACCGGGAACCAGUGUACCGGGACUGCGUCCUCCGCUGCGACGAGUGGAACUGCUCCGGGGCCGGACUGCAGCACUUCCGCUCCCACCAGCCAAUCUACAUGAGUCUGGCAGGCUGGACCUGCAGGGAUGACUGUAAGUAUGAAUGCAUGUGGGUCACCGUGGGCCUCUACCUCCGGGAAGGUUACAAAGUUCCUCAGUUUCAUGGAAAGUGGCCCUUCUCUCGGUUCCUUUUCUUCCAAGAACCAGCCUCAGCUGUGGCCUCCUUCCUCAAUGGUUUAGCCAACCUGAUCAUGCUCAGCCGCUAUCGGACCUCUGUCCCAGCCUCCUCCCCUAUGUACCACACCUGUGUGGCCUUUGCCUGGGUCUCGCUCAAUGCCUGGUUCUGGUCCACAGUAUUUCACACAAGGGACACCAGCCUCACUGAGAAAAUGGACUAUUUCUGCGCCUCCACAGUGAUUCUGCAUUCCAUCUAUCUGUGCUGUGUGAGGACUUUGGGGCUACAGCAUCCAGCCGUGGCCAGUGCCUUCGGGGGGUUCCUGCUGCUGCUGCUAGCCGCCCACAUCUCCUACCUGAGCCUCGUCCACUUCGACUAUGGCUACAACAUGGUGGCCAACGUAGCCAUGGGCUUGGUAAAUCUGGUCUGGUGGCUGGGCUGGUGUCUCUGGAACCAACCUCGGUUGCCUCACGUGUGGAAGUGCGCUGUGGUGAUGAUUCUGCUGCAGGGGCUAGCUUUCCUUGAACUGCUGGACUUCCCUCCCAUCUUCUGGGUCUUGGAUGCCCAUGCUAUCUGGCAUAUCAGCACCAUCCCCAUCCACUUCCUCUUUUUCAGUUUCCUGAUGGAUGACAGCCUCUACCUUCUCAAGGACAUCCCCAUCCCACUAAAGAUGGAUUGAAGGGGCUGGGGACAGCUUGGCUUCAUCCUGGCCUCGGCUCUGGCCAUUGGGAGCUACAGCCCACGGGGCGAUGUGUUUUCUUCCCUUUACUCCCUAAACUUGGCCUCUGGUCAGGGGAGGAGUGACUCCAGGACUCCACCCCUUUCUCCAUGCCAUUGCCCUCUCGCUGCCUUCAGAGCACUGUUGGACUUGAGCUCUCUCUCCCGUUCCCUCCAGACUCUGUGGGCUUAGUGGCUGAGCCAGACCAUUGGAUGAACACUCCCCCAACACUCCCCCACUGCCCUACAGAAAUGUAAAGGCUUCCUUCCCUCACAGGGAGUGUGCACCCGGCACAAGUGCUCAAGGGAAGCUUCCUUCUACCCCUCAGAAUGUCCACACUGCCUCCGUCCCCUGUGGGCUUCCCCAGACCUGUCUUCCUGCCCAUGGUGGAAGUAAGGAGGGGGGGCUUUCCUUUUCCUUUUCCAACAGGUGCCCUCCCCAAUGGUACCACUAGGUGGCGAUGGAUGCUAGUUGUCUGGCGUCCCCAGGUGGGGGCUACUGAUCUCACCCCCCACCCCCCCAGGAGAGAUACAGAGGCCCCAUAGAG